GUCAUUCUGCAAAAGCUGCCCAGAACAGGCUUUCCUCUGAAAAGCGGUACUGUUCCUUUUUAGAAAGACUGAAUCUAAAUGUUGUCUCUGGAGACAAGAAACCUUCUGUAUGUUAAAUUACUUUCAUUAUGUAUUUUCAGACGCUUAUUGAUUCCACAGUAGGAAGAGUGAGAGACUGCAGCAGCCUCUAAGCAGCACUACCCGUUCCAUACAUUAGCAGUACUGCUGAAACAAUGGCACAGAACAGACACAUAUUUUCAUUAAGGUCUUUUCGAAGAAAUGUUUAUGACCCUCUUCCCAAGUCCUCUACUGACAAGUGAACAAAAUGAAUCAAUCAAAACUGGAAAUGCUUCAACUACAUCAAGAAUUUAUCAAAUCUUUAGCGGAGGGCCCACAGCAGCUAAUUCAGUACUUCCAACUGAAAAUAUGAAGAAUGCAUUUGACUGAGCAUCUAUCUCCCUAGCUGUCUGAACCAUAAACUGCAGGAUAUUCUUGUAACAUCUGAUUUUAAGAUACUAAGGAGUUAAAACCAGAGAGUAUAGGUCUAUAUUACUGCUGGGAUAUAACACAUCGACAGUAAUCAUCGACAGAAGAUGCUAUAUAAAACAGCCACACAAAGAAAAACAAUAUAAUUGUAAAAUCCUGAAGACAAAAUGGUGAGCACUUUAAAGAGGUGUUUAUACUUUAACAUACCAGAAUUGUGGAGCUACUGAUUCUUAAAGAAACAAUGAAACAUGGAUUGCCAAAAUAAGAAUGCCAUAUAUUACCAGCAAGCUAAAUGAAGCUUUAGCAAGUACUUUCUGCACUAAAUAUUCAGAUAUUUGUAUUAAUUGAUAUUACUAAAGGACUUUUCCAUUGGAGUUUUACUACCAGUAAUUAUAUAUCCUCUUCUAAUGAAAAGAAACCAGAUUAAAUAGCAGAUGUUUUUUAUCAAAAGAACAUGGACUGGAUUUAUAAUAUAAAGCAAGUUAUGUGACUCAGAAAUCAUUUCAAAAUAAUCAAGACUGCUAUAGAAAUAGUGUGUAACAAAAGGAUGCUACCUUAAAUACAUUUUAGAAGCUAGAAACCUUAUUUUUCAUUCUUUGUUAUCACAUGUUCUGGAAAAUAAAGAGACGCUAUCAUAUAUUCCCGCAAAGGGAAACAUAAUUCCUAUAAUUUGAAGAAGUUUCUCUUGGUCGUGACUUUCUGAGACAAAACAAACCAAAAUAUUUUGUACUGGUCUUUAGAAAUUCAUCAGCCAACUAAAUCUCACAAUUCAUGCAGUUCAAGUAUUGGAGAGAAAAUGAAAGAAUUCCUACAAGACAUGAAAUAAAACACAGCUACUUCACUGUUGUCAGGGAAAAAAAACAACUGCUCCAAAAGAAUGUGUUUUUCUCCCAUUCUGGAAAUCAACAUGCAGUCUGAAUCUAACAUUACAGUUCGAGAUGACAUUGAUGACAUCAACACCAAUAUGUACCAACCACUAUCAUAUCCAUUAAGCUUUCAAGCAUCUCUCACUGGAUUUCUUAUGUUAGAAAUCAUGUUGGGACUUGGCAGCAACCUCACCGUACUGGUUCUUUACUGCAUGAAAUCCAACUUAAUCAACUCUGUCAGUAACAUUAUUACAAUGAAUCUUCAUGUACUUGAUGUAAUAAUUUGUGUGGGAUGUAUUCCUCUAACUAUAGUUAUCCUUCUGCUUUCACUGGAAAGUAACACUGCUCUCAUCUGCUGUUUCCACGAGGCCUGUGUAUCUUUUGCAAGUGUCUCAACAGCGAUCAACGUUUUUGCUAUCACUUUGGACAGAUAUGACAUCUCUGUAAAACCUGCAAACCGAAUUCUGACAAUGGGCAGAGCUAUAAUGUUAAUGAUAUCCAUUUGGAUUUUUUCAUUUUUCUCCUUCCUGAUUCCCUUUAUUGAGGUAAGUUUUUUCAAUCUUCAAAGUGGAAAUACAUGGGAAAACAAGACACUUUUGUGUGUCAGUACAAAUGAAUACUACACUGAACUGGGAAUGUAUUACCAUCUGCUUGUACAGAUUCCAAUAUUCUUUUUCACUGUCAUAGUAAUGUUAAUCACAUACACCAAAAUACUUCAGGCUCUUAAUAUUCGAAUAGGCACCAGAUUUUCAACAGGACAGAAGAAGAAAGCGAGGAAAAAAAAGACUAUUUCUCUAACCACACAACAUGAGACUACAGACAUGUCAAAAAGCAGUGGUGGGAGAAAUGUCGUCUUUGGUGUAAGAACUUCGGUUUCUGUAAUAAUUGCCCUCCGGCGAGCUGUGAAACGACACCGUGAACGACGAGAAAGGCAAAAAAGAGUCUUCAGAAUGUCUUUAUUGAUUAUUUCUACAUUUCUUCUCUGCUGGACACCAAUUUCUGUUUUAAAUACCACCAUUUUAUGUCUAGGCCCAAGUGACCUUUUAGUAAAACUAAGGUUGUGUUUUCUAGUCAUGGCUUAUGGAACAACUAUAUUUCACCCUCUAUUAUAUGCAUUCACUAGACAAAAAUUUCAAAAAGUCUUGAAAAGUAAAAUGAAAAAGCGAGUUGUUUCCAUAGUAGAAGCUGAUCCCAUGCCUAACAAUGCUGUAAUUCACAACUCUUGGAUAGACCCUAAAAGAAACAAAAAAAUUACCUUUGAAGAUAGUGAAAUAAGAGAAAAAUGUUUUGUACCUCAGGUUGUCACCGACUAGGGUAAAGUAUUGUUUCGCCAAAUUCACAUUCAGAAACUUUAAACUUAAAUUGUAGAAAAUGAAACUACUGCCAAAUAUAAGAAAAAAACAUACUAAGUAUUACUUAUGUUGUAAAUUUUCAAUGUAAAUGUCAAGAUUAGACUAGGUCAUAUAUAUUCAAUUUCUUCAUAACUUAAUGUAUUUGUUGCAUGGCAGUUUGUUAAAGUAAUAUAUGUAUAUUUUGUCAAUAUUAUGUCCAUCAGAAAAUAUUCAUGUAAGUUAUAUUUUCUAAAUAAUAAAUACAUAGCCUUAAGACAGUCUAUAACUUAAAAAUGUAACUGA